GUUAGGGCAAGGAGAGGAGAGGAAAAGUGUCGGCUCUUCAUCGUCUCGGGUGUUCACUAUUAAGUGAGUUUCCAGAGGCUGGCAGCGCCUUUCACUGGGACAAGCUCUGGGACCUUUACCUCCCUCAGGCUCCUGGGCAUCAUGCCUUGCUCGAAGAAGCCUGAUUACUUACAGAGUCUGCUUGUUCUGCAGUGGCCCAUUAGCUACCUUGCCAUCUUUUGGAUCGUGCAGCCAUUGUUCAUCUGCCUGUUGUUCACACCUUUGUGGCUGUUACCAGCACUUUACUUUGUCUGGUUUUUCCUGGACUGGAACACUCCAAAUCAAGGUGGCAGACGUUCGGCCUGGGUAAGGAACUGGCGUAUCUGGACCCACUUAAGGGACUAUUUCCCCAUUACAAUCCUGAAGACUAAAGAACUGCCACCUUCACGCAACUACAUCAUGGGGGUCCACCCCCAUGGGCUCCUGACCUAUGGCGCCUUCUGCAACUUCUGCACUGAGUCCACAGGCUUCUCGAAGAUCUUCCCAGGCAUCACUCCUCACUUGGCCACACUGUCCUGGUUCUUCAAGAUCCCGAUUAUUAGGGACUACCUUAUGGCCAAAGGAGUGUGUUCUGUGAGCCAGCCAUCUAUCGACUACCUGCUGAGCCACGGCACUGGAAAUCUCGUGGGCAUUGUUCCGGGAGGAGUGAAAGAGGCCCUACAGAGUGUGCCUAACACCACCACCCUCAUUCUCCAGAAGCGCAAAGGGUUUGUGCGCACAGCCCUCCGACAUGGGGCUCAUCUGUUGCCUACCUUCACGUUUGGAGAAACUGAGGUAUAUGACCAGUUGGUGUUCCCCGAGGACAGCUGGAUAUUCAAGUUCCAAAGCUACUUCCGCCAGAUCUUUGGUUUCUAUUUUUGUUUCUUCUAUGGUCAAGGCUUCCGUCAAGGUUCCUUUGGACUCCUACCAUACCACAGGCCCAUUGUCACCGUAGUUGGGGAGCCUUUGCCACUGCCUCAAGUUGAAAACCCAAGCCCAGAGAUGGUGGACAAAUAUCAUGCACUAUACAUGGAUGCCCUGAAAAAGCUGUUUGACCAGCAUAAGGUCCAGUAUGGCUUCCCAGACACCCAAAAGCUGGUCUUCUUGUGACUGAAGAAACUGUACCUAAGAGCAUGGUGGCACCUGCUUUGGAGAGGAAACUGGGUUAUCUAGAACCAGAGAGUCCUGGGAUAUGAAGGAAGGUAAAAGAGGCUAUGUGUAUAGUCAGGGAGAAGAAACCAAGAGCUCCUUACUGACCAUAACACUGCUCCUGCCCACACCCCCACAGGAGUUGUCCCUGUGGAGCCCCACCCACCCAUGCUUCAGAGGAGAACACCCUGAGGCCCCUCUUGCCCCACACCUUUCUGAACCUGAAAUCUUAGAUUCUGAAGGACUCAAAUGACUCACAGUCACCACUCCAAGUUUUUAAAAUCUUAA